AUGGGGAAUGCACAAGUGCCAAAUUUUACCCAAUUUCUCCAAACUCCAAAUAACCAAUAUACUCCUACUAGUCAAAAUAUUGACCAACCUCCUUUUACCCCCAUUAGUAUUGGGUCCAAUUCCGACAAUGCAUUUGUAGAUAAUGCGGGUAUUGAAGAGGCGGAGAAUGUUGAUGUUACUACAACUAUUCGUACUGCUGCGCGUACUACAUCACGUCGCAAAGUAAGUCAGCCUAAAGAGAAAAAAGGGUUAACUUGGACGAUAGAAGAUGAAACACUUCUUAGUAUUGCAUGGAUUAAUACUACCAAAGAUGAAGUGAAUGGCAAUGCACAAAGAGCCGAUGCAUAUUGGGGGAAAAUUUGUGCAUUCAUCAAUGAAAAUAGGCAAACAAAUCAAGCUGAACGAGAGGUAAAUCCUUGCAAACAACAUUGGUGGGCAAUUAAUAAUGCACUUGGAAAGUUUGCAGGGUGUUAUGCCAAGUAUGAAAAGAGGAGUGGGUUUAAUGAAGCUUUGAAGCUCUCGGAGGCUCGUGCACUUUACCAAAGUCUCUACAAUUCCAAGUUUCUAUACGAUCAUGUGUGGAGUAUUGUGUGUGAAACUAAUAAGUUCAAAGCUGAACUAAAGAGCAAACGUAAGAAAGACAACGAUAGUGAUUCGUCAAAAAGGAACAAGAUUUCUGAAUCAGGAGACUACACAGCAAGCGGGGAGGAUGUUGAGGGUUUUGAUGAAGUUGAUGAGGCCCGACCAACAGGUCAACAAGCUGCAAAGAAACAACUAGCUGCACAGAGAAAGGGAAAAAGCACCCAAAGUGAUCAUAGUGAAGCCAUAUCAGUUGCAAAAGAUAUUCAGAGUCACGUGUAA